GCAUGAUUUAAUUAUAAGGAAAUUUAGCUUAAACAUUGUGUUGUAUUUAUAGUAGGACAUGAGCACAUUGGAGAACAAACCUUCUAUUUAAUCAUUCAUUUUCCUAAAAAGUAACAAUUAAAAUGUAAUAAGAGAAGAAGAAAAACUGUAGUCCAGUAGUUCCCGCCAAUUAUCCAGAGGGCAAAGUGGACCGUUCCAGCUAGUCUAGAACAGUGACAAUUGACAAACCAUGAAAAUCCAAAAGGGCAACUCAGACUGAACACUUCAUUCAUCAUCAUUCAUCUUUCUUCAGUUUUCAUUAACGUUUUCUCUCGUCAGAUAUGACACGAUUCAUGAUGACGAUCAUUGUAUUUAAUUAACUGCAAAGACCUAGGAUGACGAUUUAUGUUAAUAUAUACCAUAAUACUAACAUCACUUUAACUCAAAAAAAUAAUAACCACAAUAUACUCACUUUAUUAAUCAUAACUCGACCUAAACAAUAACACGUUAUCUCCUUUAAACAAUCUCACCUAUAUUGCAAACACAAAACUCAACCGACUAAUAAUUUUCAGGAAAAGAAUCUCAAUCGGAUAACAAGAAUUCAACCAAAAAGAAAGCACUAUAUAUUCCCGUUGACACGUAACUUUUAUCAAAGCAAACCAACAUUGAAUUACCUCAUUGGGUUUUUAAGGUUUUCCCAUCUACCUUUUACACUCCAAAACUCCCACAUGGGUCCCACACAAGUACGCAGACAGAGACCUUACCAUGCACCUAAAGCACACACAACCAUUCCCCACCCAUUCUCCACUUGCAUACAGAGAACAACAUUAUUAUCAUCUCAUCAUCAUCAUCAUUUUUCUUUGUUAGUGCAGCUAGGUUGAUGAAAUAAUAUCCAGAAUCUUCACAAACCAAUUACUUAAAGAGAGUCUGAGAGGAAAGAUAUAUUCCCCCACAAAAAAAACAGACUUCUUGGUUUGCUCCGAGGGGCUCUAAAUUUAUGCAAACAUAUAUACAAGCCACAAGUGAUCAAUCAGCAGUACAAAAGUAAAGGGGAUAUUAUCAUAUUUGUGUUUGGUGAGGUUUUUGGGGUCAGUACUGAUAAGAUAAAAAGAAAGGAAGGAAAGAAGGGAAGGAGAAAAAAAAUGGGAAGAGGGAGAGUUGAGCUAAAGAGGAUAGAAAACAAGAUCAAUAGGCAAGUGACCUUUGCAAAGAGAAGAAAUGGGCUUUUGAAGAAAGCUUAUGAGCUCUCAGUUCUGUGUGAUGCUGAGGUUGCUUUGAUCAUCUUCUCCAAUAGAGGAAAGCUCUAUGAAUUUUGCAGUAGCUCUAGGUAUACAACCCAAAAGAAGGGAUCAAAAAUCCCAACUUUAUUCACUUUCAGUCAUUCACCUGGCCCUAUAUAGUACAUUUUAGUACUGUACAACCUGUUUUGUUAUCUUUUCUUUGCGGGUUUUUUUUUUGGGGGGGUUUUGAGAUCUGAAUGAAUUGUGGUUAGGAAGGAGAGGAAUAGAAGGAAGUCUUUAUGGUUAAUGUUUAUGGAUUGAUGGAAGGAGGGUGGUUGUUUUUUUUCUCUUUUUUUGAUGCCAAGGGAGUUGCCAUUUUGGUGAAUAUUUUGGAGUGUAUAGGACUUUGUGCUUAGGGAUGAUGUUAGAUCUGCAAGGGGAAACCAUGAAAAGAAGAUCAUUUCCAUAUUUAUGUUCAAGUUUUUUUUUUGUUUUGUUUUGUCAAGCUAGCUCUCUCUCAUCCCCUCUUCUUUUCUGCUUUCUUAACAAUUUCAAAACUGAGUUUGCAUUUCUUCUUCUUUUAAUAACACUAUUGAGUUAUAUCACAAAAACGUCUGGUUUUUGAUCCAAAGGUGUAAGAGAAUCUUUACAUGUAGGCUGUUGGGAGCUAAUCAUAAAAAGGCUAUUCCUUUUCUCUAAGUACGAGUUUCAUUUUAAUGAUGGUUGAGGUAAAUGCCUCUUCUACAAAAGCUUCUAGGAUGGAUGUUUCAGAAUCUGCAAGUUUUUGUUUUGUUUUCAGAUUUAAAAAGAAGAAAUUUUCAGUUUUGAACUGAUACAUUGGAGAAAAAUUAAAGAAUUAGGUCAGUCCACCAAUUUUCAAUCUUUUAGGGUUUUUAAUUUGAUUUGUUUCCUUUGCAUAUCUGCUCCUAAUUUUCCGUCUCCUGUCCUGAUUUAUUCUUCUUUUACCCCCUUCCUACUUUCUAUUUUCAUGGUCUUUAAACAAUUUAUACAUUUGAAGGCUCCUUUUGCCUUCUUGUUUUGCUGAUUAUUUGACCGCUGUGUAAUACGAAGGCCUAAUUAGCUUACAAUAUUCUGAGAAAUCAUGAAAGCUUUGAAUUUGAGGGGUUUUUCUUUUCUUUUUUUUUUUGGUGCGAAAGUAAUUAGAGAGAUAAUUAAGAUGAGACCCGUGAGACUUGCUCGUGGUCUAGGAUUUGAGUUGAUGAAGUAUUUAGGGUUUUGUGUUUGUUUCUGUUUAAGGAAGGGAGAGAUCCGUUGUUAUACAGUUUCAGUUCCUUGCUGUGAAUUCUGUGCAUCAAUUUGUUACUUUUUAAUAUCUGCCUGAUCUUUCAUAAUCACAAAUUGCUUAUUUAUGUUUUGUAAAGAUUCAUGUUUUAAGCUCAUUUUAAUUAUUUUAAUACUGAAGACAAAUUUGCAAGAUUGUCAUCUUUUACAAGAUAUGACAUCUCAGGCCAAUCUGACUCAUAUCAAUCUGUUUUCUUCAAUCAAAAAAUCAUUACAAUCAUGCAAUUAUUACCAUUAGCAAAGCUAUUUUGAAUCCAACAGAAAUCCAAAUGCAUCCCAUCUAAUAAAUUACCUUUGGAUAUUAGCUGGUUGUGUGUAUCUUUAAAUUGUAUUUUUUCCUCCUUUUUUUAAUGUUAAUUGUACAAGGAAGUUAAGUUAUUUGACAACACGCUGCUAAAAAAAUAAAUCUAUUUCGUGUGAUUUCUUUCUCUUGGCCGUUGAAUCUUUCUCUUUUCUGCUAAUUGACUGGUUUUAAUGGUGCUGCAAACAGCAUGCUGAAGACUCUGGAGAGAUACCAGAAAUGCAACUAUGGACAACCUGAGCCCAAUAUAUCCGCAAGAGAGGCACUGGAGAUAAGUAGCCAGCAGGAGUAUUUGAAGCUCAAAGCUCGCUAUGAAGCUCUUCAAAGAUCUCAAAGGAAUCUUCUGGGAGAGGACCUUGGACCUUUAAGCAGCAAGGAACUUGAAUCAUUGGAGAGGCAGCUUGAUGUGUCACUGAAGCAAAUCAGAGCAACAAGGACUCAAGUAAUGCUGGAUCAGCUCUCGGAUCUUCAGAGAAAGGAACAUGCUUUGAAUGAAGCAAACAAGACUCUAAAACACAGGCUGAUGGAAGGGAACCAGGUAAACCUGCAGUGGAAUCCAAAUGCACAGGAUGUUGGGUAUGGAAGACAACAUGGUCAACCUCAUCAGGGUGAUGGCUUUUACCAUCCUUUGGAUUGUGAACCUACUUUACAAAUUGGAUAUCAUCAGAAUGAUCCAAUAACGGUGGCAGCACCAGGACCCAGUGUGAAUAACUACAUGGCUGGCUGGUUACCAUGAUAAUAACCAAUGUUAUAAAAAUAAAAGUAUAACCAUAAUUCCAUAUAUGAAGAUAAAGAGAAGCAGAAAGAGGCAUUAUUCCCUAUGUGGGUGUUGAAUAUUUGAUAAUCUCCUUCUCAUAAAGCCUUUCAAAUUAAUGAACCAAAACGUUGGAUCUUUUCAUUUUUUUCCUUUGUUGUAACCUAUUCUCUGUUCUAUGAAGACAGAACUCAGAUCGUGUACCUAAUAGUGUGAAAUUUUCGUAAGACCAUUGUUAUUAUAUAUAUUUCGAAUUUUGUGUGGAAAUUACUUAGAGCCUUCUCUAUUGGUCUGCUCGAAUUCUUUUGGUCCAUUUUUGGCUCUAAUCUGUAAUGACUUUCUAUAUAUGUUGUGAUUGUCCUCCAUGCGUAAGACGCACAACAUUUACGAUAAAACAAGUUACCGU